GUGGACUCGUGCGAGAGAUUGUGGGUCCUCGACACCGGCAAGCUCGGUGACCGACAAAUCUGCCGUCCUCAACUGCUGUCUUUCUCGCUGCGAACGAACAAAAUCCUGAGCCAGUACAAGUUCCCCAAGGAGCAGUUCAAGGACGAUUCAUUGUUCGUCACGCUCGCGGUCGACGUUCGUGACGGUAAGGUCGGGGACAAGUGUGGCAACACGUUUGUCUACAUCGCUGACGUGACCGGAUUCGCGUUGCUCGUCUACGAUCAUCAAAACACCCAAUCCUGGAAGAUCAGCAACAAGCUGUUCUAUCCUUAUCCACCUUACGGAACGUUUGACAUCCAAGGAAAUAUGUUCGAUCUCAUGGACGGCAUUAUAGGUCUCGCCCUAAGCCCCAUGAACGAGAACGGUGACAGAAUCUUGUACUUCCAUUCACUGGCCAGCAGAGUCGAAAGUUGGGUGCCCACUUCC